AUGUCCUCGUCUUGGAUCAAGUCGCUUCGCGACCGCGCAGCGCAAGCUGGCGGAUCUAGACCGCCCGACUUCCUCUUUCAGACCGACUGGUCGCGCAGCCUGGCCAACGCACAUCUCAGCAGCGCUGGUACCUUCAAUGAAGGGCUUCUCGCUGGCCUCGCUUUGCCCGGCGAGGUCACCGCCAUGGCAUUUGACCCCGUCCAGGGCUUCCUCGCAGUCGGCACCACGCUUGGCACCAUCCACCUCUUCGGAUCCCCCGCCGUUCAGCUCUCUUUCUCGCUUCGACCAGCUCACAAGGUCAAUCAUCUUGCCUUCAAGUCUGGCACGGGCCUCUUGAUCUGUAUCGAUGAGAAAGACAACAUUAGCGUAUACGACCUCGAGCGACCCGACCCGCAGAUCAGAGCCGCUCACGGCUCCUCGAGUAAUCAGUAUCGCGCCUCGAGCGCAUCUACGGGGCAUAGCAUCACAGGUCCACCACAUCCAGAUACACCACAACGAGUCGGCGUUCACACCGUCCGCAACAAGGUGACUUGCAUCGAAGUGUCCUCCGCCCAUUCUCACAUGUUCCUCGGACUUCGCGACGGCACUGUCGAUGCCUUUGACCUUGAGCGCAUGUGUCCAUCCCCAUACCGCGUUCCCAAUCUUUGGUGGGAAGAAGAAGAGAUCCUACGCAAGUCCGGUGUCCCUGAUGCACCCAACCGUCGUCACGUGCCGCUCAUCAUCGACAUCAAGACCCACCCGAAGGACAUCAACCAGAUGCUCUUGGCCUACGAGGGUGGCACCAUCCUGCUCGACAUUCGCGAGCGUGCUGUUCUCAAAACUUUUCAGCUCCGACUACUCCCGGGUGCGAGCGGCUCGGGCGGACAUCCGGAUCUGAUAUGGACAGAGCGUGCACCUCCUGCUACUUGCAUCGCCUGGAGACCAGACGGCGAAAUUUUUGCCAUGGGCCAUGAGGACGGCUGUAUCUCCUUCUGGUGCAUUCGCGACGAUGACAAGCCCAUCAUGGUUCGAACACUGGACAGCCUCGACGUCGAAAAGCCCCUCGUCGAUCCUACACUCAUGGACAUACCUCGGCCGUCAAAGGAGCCGAUCUUCAAAUUGGCUUGGUCCGGCUUCCCGGAGAAAGGUUGGAUCGAUAUGGCGAGUGAGAGUGCUGCCAACUGGCAGUCUCAACAACGCCAACGCACGUCUUCAUCCACCGAUCCAGCUGAUAGCCCCAUUAAAGGCACAGUGCUGACAGUUUUGGGCGGUGCCAAUGCCGGCAUCGAUCCGCCUGGUCUCUUCUGCGCCAACCUUCCGCCCUACAGUAGCACACUCACUUUGUGGGGAGGCGCAGGCGUCGAAGCCAAUCACAAGCUGCGUGUUGCGCUGCACGACUCGCUCGUACCUUUGUCCGAGGUUGUGUACCCAACUUCGAGCAUCGUCGAAGACUUUCUGCUAUUGCCCAAAAGUAAUCCGCACUAUUCCGGCACCUACGACCCGUCUGCCGUGGUAGUUCUGCUGGCAGCAGAUCCAAGCCUGCCCACUUUGCCGCCGCCUGCCGCCGCGCGCGGCCUCGCUUGCUUUGCCUUCCCGCCCAAGCCACACUCAUCCACAUCGCCGCUCCCUCCACCGCCGUCAAGCCAUCAUUCGGGUCCGCAGAAGGAGUUGCAUCUGCCCUUGCCUCUCACUCUCUCGGGCGGAGGCGCCAUCUUGGGUGCCAAACUUCAAAUCUUGACCCCUCAUGCUUACCGCAAACUCGUUGGUCCGCUCGAUGUGACCGGUUUGAGCCAGAAGCAGGAGCAGCAAGCCGCGGCGUCCGCCCUUCGAUUUUCGCACGACAAUAGCAAACCGCCGCUUAAUCUGGCAGGCGGAAAAGCAUCGGCCUGUCUGUCUGGCGAGGGCACCGAUGGCAUACCGGACCUCCUUCGAUCAGCCAGAUUUCGAGUUCUGCUCACCUGGCAUCUCGAUGGCACGGUGCGGUUCUACGAUGCCAGCCCGCAACUACUGCUGAUGGGCCGGCCUGACGAGGACGACUUGCGCAGCCAGUCCCCGUUCCCGCGCAUUUGGUUGCAACAAGGCUUUCCAUCGCCUUUGCCUCACCUUACUAUCGACACAAGGAGUCUCCUGCGUAGCCCGUCGAUGGUAGGCCAUCCCUCCUUCGACCGGGCCCGCGACAGAGCUAGAGUGCAGGAUGUGCAAUUUGCUGCCGAGGUCCUUGAGGCGACGAUUUCCCUUUCUACGGGACAGCUGGUCCAUUGGCGCUUUGGCUUUGCUCAUCUCAGCGAGACGGAAGCAAUUCAAGACCAGGUGGAGGAGGCCAUCGUAAGGGAGGAAGCGGAACAGGCGCAGCUCAUGAUCCCGCCCGUGACAAGCCCACGUAGUGCUGGCAGAUCAUCCAUCUCGGUUGCCUCGCCCCACUCUCGCAAUAGCAUUGGCUCGUCAAGCUUGCUCGACGCUGAGAUGUCUCGAGCCAUGAAGGAGCUCGGAGUGGAGGAUAGCGGACGCAGUGGAGCUGCCGGACCUUCGUCAGAUGUCGCUGAUGCCAAUCGCCUGUCAACACAUAGCACAGAGGUGUACAGUGGUGUUCCUCCCCCGCGUCCGCGUCGUGAUCCCAAGAGACUUAGCACGCACGGCAUGCCCGAGGGCAACGUCGAUCACAGAAGUGGAUUCUACGCCGACGCAGCGUCUCUUCAGUCAGGAACCGGCCCUGCCUUUGUGCCACCUCAGGGGCACAAUGCUAUGCCGUCAACCGUGACCGAGCAUGACGAAGUCGUCUUCCUUCAACACCUUGCGGAUCCAAGACACGACGGCUUCAAGCCCAACUUGAUGGUGGAUCUCAUGCGAGGUGAAGUAUCUGCAUUUGCCGCGACCGACAUUGGCUUCAUGGCAAUCGCUUGUGGUACUACGCUGGCUGUGCUGGAUUUCCGCAACGCCGAGCUCAUCCUGAAAGAAGGGGUUGGCGGUCAGCACGAUGCUGGACGCAGCGACAACAGCGAUGACAGGGCACUUCGCAAAAUCCUGGAAGCCGAGUCUAAGAGUCCCGUCGUUCAUCUUACUUUUAGCGUCUGCCGCGUCGCUGAGGAUCCGAGUUUCGCACCUCGUCUCAUCGUAGCGCGGGCCAACGGGUUGACUACGGUAUGGACACUGCAAAAGACGCUCGAUUUGUGGCUCAUGGAGCGAACGGGCACGCAGAAGCUCGACGAGAUGAGCGGGACCCGAGCCAUUCACAUUCUCGACGUCGGCGGUAGAGAUCGCCACACUCUACCCAGCGAUCUGCAGCAGGCGUUGCGAGAGCAGGAGUAUGGUCCCACAGGAUCGAUGUCCCAGUCGUCGGUGCCACAUGCGGACGUUUUGCUCGGCUUUACAGACCAGCAAGUGACGCUUCGGUAUGGUGUGACAGGAUCCAUUGUAUCGCGUGCAGAGAUCGGCGAGCGCGUACUGGGCUGUGGAAUCAUCGAACGGGCGCAAGACAAGGUAGCCUCGGUGGUGACGUCGAGCAGCAUCCGGCUGUUCAGCUUGCCUCGACUGGAACCCAUUGUUCGACUGCAGCGUCACCAUCGAGAAGUAGGCGAGGUGCAGGGCGCGAGGCCCUCGAUCUCCUUCGACCCGCAUGGAGACUUUGUCGAGGUAUGCAGCAGCCUGGAUGUGCGGCUGUGGACGACAUUUGCAUCCUUACGUCGACCUGGACAGCCGAAUCUCACACUCUAUAAUCCGGCGUUGGGCCAUGCGAUGCCGGUGCAUCCAGGCGUGGCAGCCUCAGCGGCAGGAGUUGCGACCAGCAUUGCGGGAUGGUUUGGCACCAAGACCACGGGCGUGCUCUCGGUCGGGGCUCAGAUGGACGCGGUGCUUGCAGGACCCAAGCGGCCGGAACCGCCCAAGCUGGCAGAAGCGCUGCCGCCGCGGGACUAUCGGCCAGCUCGCGUGGCAGCGGCGGCACAGGCGGAAAGCGAGCGAGAGCGGCCUGAGGAGCGCGGCGCUGCUGGUGGAUCGAGCCUGCCAGCUGUGCGAAGAGAUGCAAGCAAGGCCAAGGCGGUGGCUGCGUCGACCACAUCGGCAUGGCAGACAGGCUAUCAGAACAUUGAUCUGCUCAAGGCACGUGGCGCCAUGAUGAGCGGAAUCGAAGACGGAUUGACGUCCCUCGAGCGCGGGGCAAACGAUUUCCUGAAGAGCACGCGCGAGGCAGCUGUCAAAGGCGCGGCCAAGGACAAGAUCAACAAAAUGUUCUUUUGA